AUGGCAUAUCAAAAUAAUGGUGGUAAUUUCAGAGGACCAAGACAUAGUUUUAAUGGACAACCAUCAGGUAGAGGUAACUUUCAAAGACAUGAUCCAGAAGAAGAUUUUAAAUCAAAAUUAACUUCACUCAUCGUUAGAAUUGGUGAUAAAGCAACAAGUAGUUUAGAAUCAAAUAUUGAUGCAUUAGCAAAUGCAUUAUUAGCCGAUAUUCCAAAACAAUCUUCAUUAAUUCAAGAUAUUUUAUUUAAAUGUGUUUCAUCAUUAACAUAUAAAACACCAAUUUAUGCAACAUUAGUUGGUUUAAUUAAUGUAAAGAAUUCAGAAUUUGGUAAAGAAGUUGUUUGUAGAUUAGUUGAUGAAAUAUUUAGUGCAAUGGAAAAGAAGAAAUUUCAUAAUGCAAAAUUAUUAAUUAGAUUCAUUCCAGAAUUAGUAAAUGCAAAUGUACUCACAAUCAAUGCUAUAUUCGAAUUAUAUGAAACUUUAUUAUCAGUUUUAAAUACAUCAGAUUAUACACCAAAUAAAGCUGAUUAUUUCGUUUUCUUAGUAUUAUCAACUAUUCCAUGGAUUGGUGAACAUUUAUCACAUAAUCAUUCAGGUCAAUUAGAUGCAGUAAUUGAAGAAUGUGAAUCAUAUAUACAAUCAAGAUCAACAGGUGAUAAAAAGUUUUAUCAAGCAUAUAAUAAUGGAUAUACAGAUGAUCGUUUAGAAUCAAUGUUAAAACAAAUUAAAUCAUUACGUGAUUGUGAUCAACCAUGGAUUGUAAAUGGUAUUUUAAGACCAUAUAAACAUUUUAAUGAAACACUUACAUCAUCAUCAUCACAACAACAUAUUUUACCAACAAUUCAUUUCCCUGAGGAUGAAAAAUUAGAAUAUCCAAAUAAUUUAAAUAAACCAUUAUUUAGAGUACUUAGUAAUGAUAAUAAUAAUUCAGUUGAAAGAUAUAUUGUAGAAGAUUAUAUAAUUGAUAUUUUAUCAUUCUUCAAUUCAGAUCAUAAAGAAUGUUCAAAGUUUAUUUAUUCAUUACCAGUUGAAAAUGAAAUCGAUGAUAUUGUAGUAGAGACAAUAUUGGGUGAAAUGUUUAUGUUACCAGAACCAACUUUUAAACCAAUUUACUAUAGUGUUUUAUUUGUUGAUUUCUUUAAAUCUCAACCAUCAGUUAUUCCAGUAUUUGCAUAUGCAAUCAAUUUAUUAUUUGAAAAUAUUCAUAAAUUAGAUUUUGAAGUUAUGGAUCGUUUCGCUUUAGCAUUUGCACAUCAUCUUUCAAAUUUUGAUUAUAAAUGGAUUUGGUCUGAUUGGGCUCAAUCAUUAGUACCACCAACAGCAGCAGCAGCAGCAGCAGCAGCAACAACAACUGUUGAAGGUAGUACUUCAAAUGAAAAUAAAGAAGAUUCCACAGCAACAACAACAGCAAUAAUUGAAGAUGAAAAUCAAAUUAGAAAUAGAGAAUUAAGAAUUAUAUAUAUUAAACGUGUUUUAUCAUCACUUUGUCGUUUAUCAUAUUUAGAAAAGAUUAAACAAAAUUUACCAAGUGAAUAUCAUCAAUAUUUACCACCAUCACCUGCACCAACAUUUAAAUUUUUAAAUGCAGAUAAUCCAGAAGAGGAAUCAAAAGAAUUGAUUGCAGAAUCUCAUAAACUUCUUUUAUCAUUCAAGACCAAGGAACCAUUGGAGAAUAUUAUCUCUCAUGUUGCCAAUAUUCCAUCACAUAUAAACAUUGUAGAGUUAUUGACAAAAUGUAUCCUUCAAAUUGGUUCAACCUCAUUCUCUCAUUUAACAUAUGCCAUCGAAAGAUAUAUCACCCUCUUUAAAACAGUUUUGAAAUCUCAAGAUGAUCGUCAAGAAUGUAUUCGUUCAAUCUUUGAAUUUUGGAAACUCUCUCAUCAACAUAUUGUCAUUGUUGUUGAUAAAUUUGUAACAUUUAAAAUCAUUUAUCCAAUCGAUACAGUAACUUGGUUUAUGAAACCUGAGAAUAUAGAUCGUUUCAUCACUGAACCUUUCACUUGGGAAUGUCUUCAUAAUUCAAUUCAAAAAACAAUUAUCAUCAUUCAAACACUAACUUUAGAUCUUGAAGAGAAUCAAAGUCAAGAGAAAGAAUUCAAAUUAAAUACUUCAAUCAGUGAACAACAAUUACUCUUGGCUGAAUUGGUCAAAGGUUUAGGUUCAAUUCUAUCAAGUGAAAAAUAUCAAUUGGGUGCUUCUUCAAAACUUUUAAUCUCUGGUCAAUUAAAAUCAAUAAUUAGAAAAUAUUUUAAUCAAAUGAAACCAGUAAUUCAAUCACAACCACAAUUAUCAAAUAUUAUUAAUCAAUAUACACAAUAG